GCAGAAGUGAUAACAUUGUUGGAAAUAUGACAACCACAGCAAGCGAGAUUACCGUGCAGAACCAGACCAGCGUUCAUGAUGUUGAAGCAUUGGUUCAAGCCGCUGUCAGUGUUCUCACAAAUGACAUGCAGAUUGCCACACAUGACCAUGGUCAUGUUGUACAAGAUGCAGAACAUGGCACCGUACAACUACUUGUUGACACAUGUACCAGUAACAACAUCCAGGAGAGACUGUAUAUGUGCACUGACUGUAACCUAGCAUUUUAUGGGGAGCAGGGUGAACAGGAAUGGCACUGGCACCUUAAACAACAUAAACCAUUCAAAUGUGACCUUUGUUCGGAAGCUUAUGAAGAUCGAGAAUCCCUGAAAACCCAUGUACGAACUCACUCGAUACAGAUGCCAUUUGUAUGUGACAAGUGUGGUUCAGCGUACAGUCUGAAGAACAAUCUCACCCAGCAUAUGAAGACACAUGAGGAUAAAUUAUACCAGUGCGGGGAAUGUGAUGUUCUCUUUAAGUCACAGGUGAACUUGGAGAAACACCUAAGACUUCAUACAGGUGCAGUCACUGUGUUCACCUGUGAGACUUGUAAUAAGAAGUUCUCCCAUCAGAAGAACCUUGUUCAGCAUAUGAAGAUUCAUCAGGGAAAUAGUGGCAAACAGUUUAAAUGUCCAGAGUGUCCUGCCGCCUAUAGUUACAAGUGCCAUCUGUCCAGACAUCUUAUUAUACAUACAGGAGAAAAACCUUACAAAUGUAAGUUCUGUGGAAAAGCUUUUAAUCGGAAUGCUCAUCUAAUACGUCACAGAAAGAUGCACAGUGGUGGCGAAAAAGAAUGGAAAUGUGAACAUUGUGGCUUUGCGUUCUGGGAAAAGGGUGACCUUGUACGACAUAUAAAAUCACACGAAGGAAACCGACCUCUAAAAUGUGAUUAUUGUGAGCAGACAUUCGUAUGGAAGCGUUACCUAUUGAAGCACUUAAACAAUUAUCAUAAGGCAGAUGACAAACAUUUCUGUAAGACUUGUCUUGAAUGUUUACCCUCGGAGGAGGAUCUGGUGGAACACGAGGCUAACAAUCACGCUAAUAAGAGGGCACUGACUCAUAAAUGUGAAAUAUGUGAGAUGGAGUUUCAUUUUAAAUAUAAAUUAGACGAGCAUAUGUACCAGCAUACAGGCGAGAAAGCUCAUGCUUGCGAGAAAUGUCCAGAGAGAUUUAUUUCCAGAAAAGAUCUGGACAGACACAUGAUUGAUCAUCAACAAGAGGUGUCGUUUCGUUGUAACACUUGCGAGAAGACUUUUUCUACAAUAGAUGAGCUACAGUCUCAUGUCAAGUUGCACACAGGUAACGCCAAAUAUUCCUGCUCGCUCUGUCAUGCCUCGUUUCGAUGGAAGAGUCAACUGACUAGUCACAUGGUCGUUCAUUCUGCAGAUCGUGACUUCAAAUGCACAUUCUGUGCGCGUAAAUUUAAGCGCAAGCGGGACCUGAUUCGGCAUGUAAAGAUUUAUCAUGAUACCAAGCCGCCAUACACUUGCACUGAGUGUAACAAAGAUUUACACUCUCCUUAUAACCUGAUGUUGCAUAAAACUGAAACGCACUGGAAAGAGACAGAUAUUGAACCAGGCAAAUUUCCUUGUAUCAAUUGUACUGGGGUUUUUGGGCUUCAAUCUGAUCUUCAGAGGCAUUUAGAAAAGGUUCAUCCUCCCAGGCCUAACAUUUGCAUUUUGUGUAUGAAACGAUUCACUCUUUUCAAAUUUUUUACAAAAACAUUUUGAGACUAAGCAUGAAGG